UAAGAAAUUGUAUGUACAUGUAAUUAUACGAAAUUUUGUUACCCCGGAAUGUUAUUUAGCACUCUCUUUCUCAUUGUGCAAGAAAUCAUUUGCUUCCGGUAUCCUUGAAUUUCAGUCAGGUGUUUACUUGAGCUACCGGUAUCUGGUCCGCACCCGUCUGACCUCCGAAGACAAUCAGACAUUUCCUUGGCAAGCAUCUUCAUCUGCCAGUUCCAGUUACACGUCACGACACCAAAAUGUAUGGGAAAAAGGAGGAAAUAUAAUAUAAAUGAUGCACAUGGACCACCAUAGAACUUGUAAACAAUUAUUUGACCUCAAUAUAAAGUAAGCUUUGGACGCAGUGCUCGGUCCACAUUAUCACACGCUACACUUCAAACGGAUUUAGAGGCAGAUACCGGUAGGUGAUAAUCCAAUGGCUACUCCUACCACCAUGAAGGCGUUGGUGAAGACCAAAGAAGGCAAGUCUUUUGACUACGUUGAUGUUCCUGUACCAGAACCCAUUGGUGACGAAGUUCUCAUCAAAGUUGAUGCCGUGUCUGUCUGUGGCUCCGACAUCAAUCUGUACACCUGGAACCAGGUAGCGCAGGUCAUAGCCUCCAUCCCGUUCACACCGGGUCACGAGUGUGCGGGAACCGUGGUGAAAUGUGGUCCCGAUGCGAAAGGGGUCAAGGUGGGGGCUAAGGUGGGGGUGGAGAACCAUUACUACUGUGGGGAGUGUUAUCAGUGUCAGCAUGAUAUGAGGGCGAUAUGUAAGAACAUGGGACAGUUUGGACACGGCAAAAAGACGCCAUAUGGAGGAUGUUCCGAGUAUACCAUCGUUCCCGCCAAAUAUCUGUAUCAAAUGAAGAGGGAUAUAGAUGCUGACGAAAUUGCCAUGUUAGAACCACUGGGUGUCGCUCACAAUGCCGCAGAGAGACUCGAGGUUGCUGGAGAGGACGCCCUCAUCAUUGGUUGUGGACCUGUCGGUCUCCUGGUUCUCAUGGUUUGCAAAGCGUUGGGAGCAAAACGAGUAGUAUCCGCAGACAUUGAUCAGAACCGACUAGACAUGGCGAAGUCAUUUGGAGCGGACGUGGUAAUCAACAGUCGUGACAAAAACCUGAAAGACUUUAUCAUGAAGUUUACAAAUGGCGAUGGAAUAGGUAGAAUUUGUGAGUGCAGCGGCGCUAGUGCAAUGGUCAACUCAACCUUCUCAAUGUUACGGAAAGGCGGGCUAAUGACUCUAGUGGGUCUUCCCAAGGAACCACUCCACGUGGAGAACGUGCUACAAGACGUCGUGUUUAAGGCACUGACCCUAAAAACCAUUCACGGCCGCGUGAUAUACCACACCUGGGAGGAGACCGAGAGGUUGGUCGCAGAGGGAGAAGUUGACGUCAAAAAAGUGAUCACGAGCAGAUUCCCGAUGUCGAAGUACGAAGAAGCUUUUCAGGCCCUGUUUGACGGAAAGGACUGUAAAAUUGUACUAUAUCCCUCGCAGUGAAGCUCAGAGCAUGUUCUGGAUUAGAAGAGACCGUGCUCUUAAUAGUAUUAGAAGUUUAUAUAGACGGAGAACUAUUAUGUAGAGGACCAAUAAUGAUGACUGUCAUUCAAAUGACAUUGAUUUUUUCAAAAUAUUAUAAUUACGGUGCAACGAU